CCCGUGGCGAGGCGAGGCGAGGCGGCGCCGGGACUCUGCCCAGCCCGGAGCGGGAGCGGAGCUCGGCCGGGCCGGGCCCGCUGGAGAAGCCCCGCCCGGGGGGGCCAUGGCCGAGCGGGCCGCUGCCCAGGUCCUGAUCCUGGAAAUGCUUCCAGACUUGCAUAACGUCUGCCGUGGAAGGAGUCCCCCUGACUUCAGGGAGACUGCUCACGCGUGGGGGACUACUUGGGCAGGUGUCUGCUGCAUUGAUUCCUUGCAACGCUCAGGAGUGGGAUGCAGAGUCGCAGCGCCUGAUGUCUUCCCAGCCUGAACGAACGUCGGUGCAAACAGCAGAGAUUUCGAUGUGGACCCUAGUGGCUGCCAUUCAAGCUGUGGAGAGGAAGGUGGAUUCGUUUGCCACACGGUUGCUGAGUCUGGAGGGGAGAACUGGGACAGCUGAGAAGAAAAUAUUCGAGUGUGAGAAAACCGAGUUGGAGUUCGGGAACCAGCUGGAGAGUAAGUGGACUGUGCUGGGAACUCUGAUGCAGGAGUACGGGCUGCUGCAGAGGAGGCUGGAGAACAUGGAGAACCUGCUGAAGAACAGGAACUUCUGGAUCCUGAGACUCCCCCCUGGUAUUAAUGGAGAAGUCCCCAAGGUGCCGGUGAUGUUUGAUGACAGCGCCGUCUUCUCCCAGGAGGAGUGGGAGAACUUAGAAGACUGGCAGAAGGAGCUGUACAAGAAUGUGAUGAAGGGGAAUUAUGAAUAUAUGAUCUCACUGGACUAUGCAAUUUCCAAACCUGACAUCCUGUCCCGAAUUGAGCGAGGAGAAGAGCCGUGUGCAAGGGGUCAGCAGGAGUCGGAGGAAAGAGAAACCAGUGCAGAUCCCAGCCCAGUGUCUGCGAUGUCUGCCCUCGAAAUCUGCGCUCAGAUUAAACAAGAGGAAGAGCCAAUGGCUGAGGAGCAGCAGGAUGCAGAAGAAAGAGAAGCCCCUACAGAGCCCGUGGCAGCCGACGCCUGGCUCGCCAGCCACGAGAAGAACAAGGAGCAAGAUUCGCAGGAGCUGGAGCCGCACUGGACUGCGGCCCAAAGACCGGAAGAGAAUAUUUACCAUAGCGCCGAGCACGGCCCGCCCUCCAACGGGCCAAACGUGACCCUGGCAGUGCAUAUGCCAGAGAAACCCACCCAGCACGAGAGAGACUUCAGCCCCUUGAAAGCCAGCACCGUGUGCCCGGGGGCUCCCGCGACGGAGCGGCCCUACCUCUGCCCCGAGUGCGGGAAGUGCUUCAGCCGCAGGGAGCACUUCGUGCAGCACCAGCGCACCCACACGGGCGAGCGCUCCUACGUGUGCCCCGAGUGCGGCAAGGGCUUCACGCAGCAGUCCAACCUCACCAACCACUACCGCACCCACACGGGCGAGCGCACCCACGUGUGCCCCGAGUGCGGCAAGGGCUUCAUCCACCAGUCCACGCUCACCACCCACCUCCGCACCCACACCGGCGAGAAGCCCUACCAGUGCAGCGUCUGCGCCAAGUGCUUCAGCCGCCUCUCCACCCUGCUGGAGCACCAGCGCACCCACACCGGCGAGAAGCCCUACAAGUGCCUGGAGUGCGAGAAGCGCUUCAGCCGCCUCUCCACGCUGGUGGAGCACCGGCGCACACACACCGGCGAGAAGCCCUACAAGUGCGCCCAGUGCGAGAAGAGCUUCACCCGUCUCACCAACCUGACCGUGCACCAGAACACCCACGCCGGUGAGCGUGCCUACAAGUGCACCCAGUGCGGCAAGAGCUUCGCUCAGAAGCCCUACUUCCUCAAGCACCUGCGCAACCACACCAAGGAGAAGCUCUACAAGUGCCUGGAGUGCGGCAAGAGCUUCGUCUGCCACUCCUGGCUGGUGCGCCACCAGAUGAUCCACACGGGCGAGCGGCCCUACCAGUGCGGCGAGUGCGGGAAGAGCUUUGUGCAGAAGGAGCACCUCUUGAAGCACCAGCGCGUCCACACGGGCGAGCGGCCCUUCCAGUGCUCCGCCUGCGCCAAGAGCUUCCGCUGCCAGCAGUCCCUGAGGCUGCACCAGUGCGCGCACGCCGGCCAGCAGGGCAGUGCGCCGGCCGCGUCUGGGGCCGAGUUCAAGAGCCAGCUGCUGUACCUGAAAAUGGAAAAUACCGGCUAGUAGAGGGGCGAACCCUGCGUUGGGAGCUGCACGGGGAGAGCCUCCCCCAGAGACUAGCCAGAUCCGCCCCAUGUGAAACAAUGCAGUGAAUCCCACGCCCUCUCUGCAUGCCAGAUGGGAGGGGAGCGCUGGACGCGAGGGGCGGUGACGCAAGACCGUAUUGAAUGUGAGCUGCAAGCAGCCGUUACGUGCCGUGCCCGGGGAAGAGAACCCGCGACGGACUGGACAAUGCAUUGGAAGCGUCCAAGUGGCCGCAGCUGUUUUGUACCAACAGUCUCCUGACCGCUGGCACUGCCGGCGAGUAUGUCGCCAGCAGGCUCUGCUCUGCGGGGAUGGCGCAGCGCAGGCCUACGAGCGGCUGUAACGUGAACGACUUCCUGCCACGACUGAAGAAGUGGAGCACAGGCUGUUGGGAGUGAGUGUCAGCACGUCGGCAGGAGUGCUGGGUUAACAGUACUUUGUCCUCCAGGGUGCUACAAAUGCGCUCUGCUUGCCCGCGCUGGGCAGCUUCCCACAGUCAGUACGGCUGGGGCCUCAGAGCUGCGGUGAGGCUGAGAAGUGCCUGCAGUUGCACUGCAAGCCAGGGGCAGAGCCAGGCCUACACUACAGGCCCCCUAUGCUCUUACCACUCGGCCUCACCACCUUCAGCCCUCCUGAAAUGGAAGCUGAGCUCCACCCUGGCGGAUGAGAGGAGGAAUGCAGCGUCCGGCUCGCUUGCCAGUCCGGGGAAGCGAUUGGCAAACUGGAAGCAGUGAUUUCUGUUCUGUUGGUGACUGGUUCUAUUUGUGACACUCCUGCUUCCCACUGCAGCUGGUGGUGGGGGUGGUACCCUCAAAUACCCUGGAGCAGGAGCAAAAAAUAAAGUUAAGCUGGGUGCAGGGUGGUCAAAGCGUGCGUGUCCGUGAGGUGUGAUGAUCUGCCGCAGGAAGGCAGACUCGGAGGAUUUCCCUUUAAAGGUCAAAACACGUAAUUCAGAAGUUAAAAGGGCUGGGGGGGAAUUGGAGCCAAGCUCAAUUCCGCUGAAUGUUGCCCGACCUAGGAGUCGUGUGGGUGCUCGUGAGACCUCUCCAGAGCAGGCAUUGCGUCUGCCACAGCAGCGCUAACGACAAUGGAGCGUCAGGUUGGGGGUUUGGUCCUCCCCU